AUGGUCAUUGGCCAAGGAGUCGCGCAGCACUCUGGAAGCAUUGGAGGCAGAGAAGAUAUUGAAAUUUUGAAGCUCGACAAGCAUGGCUUACCAUUGAUUCCACAACCGACGAGUCGAAAAGACGAUCCAUUGAACUGGUCACCACCAUUAAAGGCACUCGUUCUUUUGCAGGUUAGCUGGCUUGCUUUCUUGGGACCUUUGGGAGCCGCCAUAGUCAAUCCUGCCUUCCUGCUGCUUAGCAAAGAGUUCAACAUAUCUGUAGUUCAGGUUUCUUAUGAGCUUACAGUCUACAUAAUAGCAGCUGGUGUUGGGCCGCUUCUUACAUUGCCUUUAGCCAACAUAUAUGGCCGGAGGCCAGUAUACGUUCUUGGUACUCUAGUAGCUGCGGCCACGAACAUCGCAGCUGGUUAUUGUAAAUCUUGGUCUGGGCUUAUGGUAACGAGAGUGUUCAAUGGUAUCGCUUCUGGUUCUCCAAUUGCAAUUGGACCUGCUACAGUUUGUGAUUUGUAUUAUUCUCACGAACGUGGAUUCUACAUGGGGAUCUAUACGUUGUUUCUGACAAAUGGAGCUCACGUGGCGCCAUUAAUUGGUGGAUUCGUCUCACAAAGUCUCGGGUGGCGAUGGGCAUUUCUCAUACCUGGCUAUGUGCAGCUAGCCACACUGGUGUUCACGCUACUUUGCCUACCAGAAACAUUAUACUCACGUCAGCCAGUAUCAACAGACUCCGAGAGCUCUUUUGCAGACCUUCUUCUCUUCAAGAACAUGGAGUUCCAGAAUACUAAGCUCCAUUGGAGUGAUUUUCUUCGACCAUUUUAUAUGUUAAAGUACAUUCCUAUCGUCAUUCCUGGUCUGUACUACAUGACCGCCUUUGGAUUUGGGUCCGUGUUGUUCGCUACAACUGGUGCUCAUAUAUUUAGUGAACUGUACCAUUUUAAUGUUGCGCAGACUGGCUUAAUACUUAGUAUACCACUAUUUAUAGGGUGUUUGUUAGGUGAAAUGUGUGCAGGUUGGGUAACAGAUUAUAUGGUUUAUCGACACGCCAAAGCUCAUGGCGGACGACGGGAGCCGGAACCACGCAUCAACGCAUUGGUCCUUGCUGUAUUAUGCCCAAUUGGGAUCAUUAUUGACGGUGUAUGUUUAUCUCACCACAGUACCAUUUCUUGGAUCGGUCCGGCUGUUGGAAUGGGUCUGGCAAACUUUGGCAUGCAAAUCGCGACUACUGUUACGUAUACUUACUGCACUGAUUGCUAUAGGCCUCAGAGUUCGGAGGUCUCCAGUAUCCUCAAUGUUUUCCGACACAUAUUUUCGAUGACUACGUCUUUCUACGCUAUUCCUCUAGGUGAGAGCAUUGGAUAUCAAUACGCCUGGCUUAUCUUCGCCUUGAUUAACGUUGUGUUCUUAAUAAUGAUGGUUCUGCUUCGACUCAAUGGGUCUCGCUGGAGGAAUAGCGCCUGGCAGAAACCUCCCACAUUCCACAACGACAUCUAA